AUGUCGAAUCCAUGGAAGAAAGUUCAAGCACCAGUAGAUGUCCAAAAUCUUUCCGAUAUCAUGUCAGAAGAAUAUGCAAGAGGUCUACAAGUUAAAGAAGAAAUAAAAUUCGCCGAACAGAUUACCGAUCAUCAUGAAGUUUCUGUAUCUAACGAGGUGCCUCCUGAGGUUUUGAAACAAAUCGCCGAGUGCAAUGUGAAAGAUUAUUGCGAUUCUGACGCGAUUAUUGCAAAAGUUUUGCAAUGUCAAUUUGACAAAGAAUACGACGAUGAAGUAAAGAGGGUUGAGAAAAAGCGAAACGGGGAUGCUAAAGUAUCAAUUUCUUAUAACAAUUACCGCAAUAUCCCUGAACACCUUGUGUAUGAUUCAGAUUCGGAAGAUGAUGCGGAACAAGCCAGUAAGAAAGAUUGGGACCGAUUUGAGACUAAUGAGAAAGAAUACGCGAGUCUUCCUAAAAGAGGUUUUAUAAUGAAAGAUGGUGAAAUGGUUACUAAACAUGAUAGUAUUAUUAAUGGAAGGAGAAACGCUUGCCGCAUUAUGGCAUUCCCUCCGGAGGUUUGUACUGGGGAUGGUGCUGGAUUUGACAUGAAACUGCCAAACUCUGUGUUUAACCAACUUAAGGAACAUACAAAAUGUAACCAAAAGAAACAUAAGCUAUUGGAUAGAAAGGAGAGUCAAGCUACAGCUGAAAUGGGUCUGGAUGAGCCGACAAGACUUAUCCUGUUUAAGAUGAUUAAUAAUGGAAUGUUGGAAGAUAUAAACGGAGUUAUCUCCACAGGCAAGGAGUCUGUUGUUUUGCAUGCUAAUGGUGACCAAUCAUUCCCAGAUUUAGAAGUUCCUAAAGAAUGUGCAAUAAAGGUAUUUAAAACUACAUUAAAUGAGUUUAAAACAAGAGAUAAAUAUAUUGAAGCCGACUAUAGGUUCAAAGAUCGCUUCUCCAAGCAAAACCCACGAAAAAUUGUACACAUGUGGGCUGAAAAGGAAAUGCAUAAUAUGAUGAGAAUGCAAAAAAUUGGAUUAAACUGUCCUGACAUGGUCUGCUUAAAGAAACAUAUCCUAGUCAUGUCUUUUAUAGGCCGUGACAAUAAGCCAGCCCCUAAACUAAGAGAUGUUAUCCUAAAGCCUGAAAAGUGGGAAAGUGUCUACAAUGAAAUUGUAGAUGCCAUGCAUAAACUUUACAAUGUCGGGCAUCUGGUACACGCUGAUUUGUCAGAGUAUAAUAUUCUGUGGUGGGAGAACAAAUGCUGGUUCAUUGACGUCUCACAAUCUGUUCAGCCUGAUCAUCCAAGUGGCUUGGAAUUCCUGUUGAGAGACUGCAGGAAUAUCACCAAUUUCUUUGAGAAGAAAUCUGUUCCUAACAUUAAGACAGCAGAAGAGUUAUUUAAAAGUAUAACUGGUUUUGAAGAAGUGGAUGUCAACUUACUUGACGGGGUACACACUAUUUAUAACGCCCUAUCAUCUCGUUUUGAGAUUGCACCAGAUGACAAUAGAAUCGUAAGUUAUCCGUUUGAAUACUGCUGGCAGAAAACAAGUGAAAAUAAGCAGUCAAAGAGUCAAAACGCUGUUGAUAGCGAGGAUGAUGAGUUUGAUGACAUGUGGACACAUUCAAUUCAAAAUAAACCUAUUGAUGCGGCUACCAACUUUGGAAACGAAAUGAAAAGUCCAGCAAAUGUAACACAGAUUGUUGACGACAAAGUCAAUUUUGGCAAUAUUCUUGAUGUUGCUGUACCCAUAGCAACAAAAUUUGAAGACAUAAGUAGUGGGCUAAUAGAUAAAAAGUCUUAA